AUGUCUCAAGCCCUGAACUGCGCCUGUCGCAACGUCCUUUCCUCGUCCUCCAUGACCUUCACUCAGCAAACCCUUUCUGGAAACCCUCUACGCCUCUGGGGUCUGCGAUGCCAGCGCCACCUUCGUCCACGCGACAUCCCGCGAGCGCACACCAGACCCGAAGGCAACGAUGCGGCGGGCGUCGCGCGCAGCCCCGGGCAUGCGCAGCUUCCUUUUUGUGGCAAGUCGAUAUCCCCAGCGAGCACGAUCACAGGGAGGACCCAGCUGCCUACGUCUUCGAGCUCUGACCGACGCUCCUCUUUCUUCCAACUCUCCGACCUGCGACUGUCUCCCAAGAAGAAGGGCGGAGCCGCAGCCGCAGCGCAGAAAACGCAGACGACGGGCGGAGGCAAGGCGCCCCAGGGCGGACCUGCGGGGGCAGACCACAUCUUCAAUAUCUUCAAGGACAUUUCUGUCGACCACAAACUUCUUGACGACAAAGACUACCCCGCUUGGCUCUUCACGCUGGACAAACCGGAGAAGACGUACGGCGAACUCGCCAUGACCUUUUUAUACGGCGUGGGCAUCGAGAACGCAACGCUAGAUGAGUAUCUCCGGUUUACCCGCCUGCACACGAAGAACUUGAUAAAACUGAACAACAUGAGGCUGAAGAAGUCUAAACGAAGUUCCGUCAAGCCCCUUUUCUGGGACGUCUGA